AUGUUUCCCCAGUCGUCUUCUCACCUCGUCGAGGUUUCAUGGCCGAUUGAAGGAGAUAGCGUCUAUUCGCGCGACGAUCUCUACAUCUCCAUCACCGCCCACUUUGACAGCGAGUGGAUGAUUCGAAUCUGCGAGGAGCGGCAGUGUAGUGCCGAGGCUGUGCUAGGCGAAAGGAGCGUAGGAACGUUUUCCAUCCAUGAUAUUCGACCAGGAAGACAUGAGUUCCUUGUUGAGUGCAGGGCAAAAGGAGCACAUGAGGGGUUUGGUGAAUGCAGCAAGAUAUCCUUCUUGUACGUGCCAGACCUGCUGACCAGGAUGUCGCAAAUAGCAGCAAGCCUGCCCGUGCGAGAUGUUGAGACUGGGGCAGCCGAGCCUUUCUUUGCUGCGUGUGGUGCCAUGGAAGACGAGAAGACUCCAACGAUUCAGCUGUUUGUGCUCGCAAGUUCGACUAUGGUUGGAACAACCAAGAAGCACAUGACGCAUGUCACGGCAAUGAUGAGAGACGUGCAAGACUUGGAGCUGAACGACAGGCUUGCUCUCCUGAUCACCUGGAACAUCGGGUAUGCCCUCCUCCAACCCGCAUCGCACUACUUGAUCGAGCAAGACGGCUUCUUCCUUGUACGGAAAGGAAUCUUGCAUGACAGCUCAGUGCCGCACCAGACGUCUGUCGUCUACAUGUUCCUCGUUGAGAUCGAAAACCCUCGCAUCCCCUCGUUUGUGCGGGUGCUGGCUAGCGCAGGGAUGGGCUUCUCCUCCUUCAGAAGGGAUGCGAGAGCACUUGGGCUUCCGGUGCAAGAGACGGUGACAAACUGCUUCUACGAGGUUGAGAUGCAGGAUGUGCAAUGCAAGAACCUGGAAGAAGAGAUCUUCAACGACAAGAACCAGUUCAUUCUCAACGAGGUUGAAUGUGAGCGGCACUGUUGCGCCAACUUCAAGUGCUCCAUCUGGUUGUAUCAUGCCUCCUACGGCUGCUGGCAAGGGUCGGAGAAGGAGUAUCUGUGCUUGGAGAGCUCAGGUUGGAUCGGAAAGCGGAGGAAGCUGAUAGUCGAUGUUGAACUACUGGAGUUCAAGACUCGCAGAGGUGAUGAUGCAAGAGCGCCGGAGAGGGAGGAUGCAGUAGAGUGGAUGAACAACCCAAGCUUGGUUCAGAAGUUGGAGGAGAGGGUUUGCUCUCAUGUGCAGGACCUGACUUCCUCCUUGUCUGUUCCCCCCCGCGACCAUCAUAUCAAGUCUAAGAUCGUCGUUGUGACUCUCGCCUCUAACAGAGUCGACUUUGUGAAAAUGCAGCAUGAAUCAUUGACCUCUUUCCUCUUGGACGAUUUCAUUUAUGUCGUGGUUAACGACGGGCCAACUGCAUCCGUCAGAAACAAGAUUCACACACUGUCGAUACGAUGUGCCGAGACUGUGAAUUGGAUCAUGAAAGAGCUUGUGCUUAAGUACUGGAAGAACGAGGUCGUACUUCUCCUCGACAACGACUUCUUCCUCACAGGACAUUUCUCCGUCCUCGACUACAUCCGAGGGUACAUUUGGAAUGCGAUGGUGAUGAUGGACAUGUCGAGGAUGCCGCAAGCACACCUCAUGGACUGGAUGCCUGGGAUGGUGAAUGGAACGAUGGGAGACGUCGGCAUCAGCCUCCUCAACUACUUCCAAAGAUUCCCUCAGCUGAGGAUAAGAAGCAUCCUGGGGGUCAACUUUCCUUGUGUCAUGCCAGGAUCGAAGAGCAGCUGGGGGCUAGGUGGAGGUCAGCACGACUUUUUCGACGAUGACGAGGACGAGGGCGAAGCAGACCAGACCGAUGCUUCUGUGCAACAGCAUCGCCUGCACGAGUUCCUUCCAGCUGAGUUGAGGGCUGAGUGCGAACGACUGGCGUCCAUCGGAAUCGGCAGGAAGAUAGUUUUUCAGGUGUGGGAGCGAGUUUGGUUUCACUUUGAGUCUUCAAGUAACUGGUGA